AUGUACCCAGUUACUAAACUUACGAUUGACCAAGAAGGCAUCAAGCAGGUGGAACGACUCCGUUGCAGACCUCAGUAUACAGGAGAGCUUUAUAGCGAUUCGACUUUCAUCGUCGAGGAGUGGUCGUCAUUGCACGGCAUCGAAGCACAAUUUCAGGAUGGACGGCUACGUCUACAAACUACGCAAAUCCAGCCCAAAUUCCCUUACAUAUGGAACACUCCAGCUCCACCUCGCUUCUCAUUAUGCAACGCCCAUAUAUUCGAUGUAUUCAACACAUGGCGGCUGCAGGUCGUGAAUACCCGGAAAAUCGUAGGCAUCACCUUCUUUUUUCUUCAAGAUAGGUUUUAUGAUCUUUACAUUCACGACUCGGAUGAAUCAAGUGCAUAUGCGCUGUAUGAGCAACUCUCGCCCGACAUGCAGAGAGGCGCUUUCUGGAUAUACUUGCCAAUCGGAACCACAGACAGGAUGCUUGUUCUUGGAACCCGUUUUAUUUCUCGGAGCGAGUAUAACAUCCUUGUUCGUAUGGAGAAAGCCGGAGAUGUUGUCAUCGGGAGAAACUGCUUCUUUAGUGAAGACGACUACCACUAUGACGGUCUAUUGCCUGAGGACUGGCCGAGUUCUCGCGCGGACCAAUGCCUCGGUGGAGAUGGCCCGGUAACUUUGGUUUAUGGUGAGCGGGAACAAGGCUAUCUUGAUAUCCCAUUGUUUGACGCAUAUUGUGAAUCGGACAGCUGGACUCUUCCAGAGCCAUUUAUGCUUGAGAAGCCUACCCCUGAGCGGUUUGAUCGUUUCGGUUACUAUUCUCGUACGCCGUUGGAUCAGAUUGCAGAAUCCACGGUGUAUUACGUACCAGAAACCGGCCGUUGUAGAGGCAUUCUCCUGCGAUACAAGAAUGGCGGAUGCAGAGCCGUUGGGCAAUGCCGCGUAAACGUGGACUCCUCUGAAACAGUUGCUGAACCAAGCUUGAUUUGCGUUCGAAAAGAAGAUUAUCUAGAUUCACAGGGGUUCAGACUAGAAAAAACACUGGUCAAGUUCACCCAUAACACCUUGGAUGACGAGCUUGAUAAAGGGUGGGCGCAACAUCCACUAGAAGGUUUUAUUGAGUUUUAUUUCCUUUUCGACGAUGUGCUCGUCGAGAUAACGACUGACUUUAACGAGGAUAUUGUUCGCCCAAUAGAGCGUCCGAAGGAGUCUUUGUUUUGGUUGGAUAUGGCAUAUAAACAUGUGAUCGAUCCAUCAGACGAAGACUAA